UUGCGCACGGAGCAGCGUGGCCGGCGCUGUGUGCGGGGAGUUUGCGGCUACGAGCACGGAGCAGAGCAGCACUGCAGCAGACUGUCCGCCGAGAUUCAGUACCGACAGCUGAACAGCCCUCACUUCCUGUCAGUGCGCAUCUAUGUCGUCGUUCACUUGCGUCUGUGUGUUUGCGUAUUCCCUGACAGAAUGAGAAAGAAGCAGACCGCCAAACAGAGGAAGACCGAGGAGACUGCUGUUGUCCAAGAGUUUGUGGUGGAGAAAAUCAUUCUUCGCAGAGUCUCUAACGGAAGAGUAGAGUACUUCCUGAAGUGGAAAGGCUUCACGGAUGCAGAGAACACGUGGGAGCCCGAGGACAAUCUGGACUGUCCUGAACUCAUUGAAGAGUUCUUGAGAAACGCCCAUCUCUCUGAAGGGAAUGAAGAGGAGCAAAGCCAGCAAGAGUUAAUUCCCAAAGAAGAAAUGACUGAGCAAGAGACGGAAAUUUCCUGUGUGCAGCCUCAGCAGCAGGCGGAGGCUCUGCAGAGCGACUUCACCGUCCUCCACUCAGAGGGCGACCAGUCCGACGCCACCACCAACCUCAGCACUUACCUCGAACCCGAAUGCAUCAUCGGCUCCACAGACAGGAAGGGAGAGCUCAUGUUCCUCGUCAAAUGGAAGAACUCGGAUGAUGUUGCCCUGCUCCCGGCCCACGAAGCGAGCGCCCGAUGUCCGCAGGUGGUCAUCGACUUCUACGAGCAGAAGCUGACCUGGCACUGUGGGGAGGAGGAGCAGUGAGAACACUGUGUGGGCUGUGUGGGGGAGGACUGACCGACGGCCGCGCUCUCUCCUAAGGCUUAGUUUAACCUCCGUCAGGGGUCCUCCGUCAGCCGACACGAGAGGCGCGCACUGUGAGAUCCCCCCCCCACCUCGCUCUACCGAGGACACAGCGAUGGAGGCUGAAACCAACUUUAGCGCUAAGCUGCUGAUCUGAAGUCAGACUAACCUGUUGUGGACUUUUUUUCCCCCUGGUGUCAUUGUGUAGCAGACUCAAAUCACUGUGGAUGUGCUUUGGUUUUAAAUGGUCAUGAAUUUUCCAGUCCUGUGUUGUAACCGGUAUCCCACACCGGGGGGGUUGUUUGUUCAGCGUGAGCCUGGUCUCUUGGGUUUUAGCUCUGCGUUGGUGCUGCUUCCCUGCAGCCCUCAUCUCGAGCUGAAGAGAAUUGACCUGUUGUUCGGACUUUUAUUAUGCGUGGUGGUUAUCGCCACAACUUUCCCUGUUUCUCUGUUUGACCCUUGUGAUUUAUGUAAAGUGUUGAAAACAAGCAAACAAAAAUUCCAACCUAAGUUUCUCAUUUUAAAUGAGCUGUGUUUAUCACAUUUAUCACAUAUUUCUUUUCCUCUUUAUUAGUUCUAACUUUUGAAAAAAACUAAUCCAAUUGCCUGGUGCUUUUUACCCAAAGUGAAAUCCUUGUAGAGCCAUUCAAAAUGUCUCAAUUCUAAAGUAAAUGUACUGAGAAAUACAACUAUUGAGGAGUACAGUUGUUAAGUGUAGCACUUUAGUUAUGAGGCGGCCCAUUUGCUCGGGGUGUUGUCACUGACUGUAAUUAUACAUCUCUGUGUACUUGAUCAUUUUAUCCCGAUGGCACUGUCCUGACUUUACAUAUCACCCAUGACUGUUAUGGGACACUCAGCUGAACCUUUAACCUCUUUAAACACACCUACUACUGAGCUACUGUAACUGUUGACCAUGGAUCUGUGAAGUCUGUGAAUAAACUUAACACUUUGUGACACUUUUCCAUUCAUUUUGAUUGCACAAACAUUAUCAAAACCAACUGAGCAAAAGGCUGAUUUUAGCAUAAAAACAAGUACGCUCCAGAUCUUCAGCAUAUUUUAUACAAUAAAGCCUAAAACAGUUAAUUCUACAGUACACAGGCUUCUGUCUGAUUCAUUUGACAGAAUAGGGAG